UUCACCGGUUUCGUGGUCCUCAAUAGCUGUGUGCUUGUGCUUCGCGAUGGUUCACCCGUUACACGACUCGCACCGCUCGGACAUUGUGUAGUAGUGCACGAAUACCCCAAGAACAAGCCCUGCAAGGUUCUUAAGGGUGCCUAAAGACAACAGGUUAUCGCUGGGAGAUGCCCAGGCGCAGGUGACAGGAGGUGUCAGGGCGACCCCAGCCGGAAGAAACCUCGGAAGACAAACUUUCGUCCUCCCAGGAAUGGUUGCCGAGAAGGAAGCAGACACCCGGAGGUAAAAGUGCCCCUGUGGCCCCUUCGAGAACAGGCAUCUGGACCUGGAGGAGAGCUCAAAGGUUAUCGUGCUCCUGGUCUCUGCGGUGGCGGUGCUCGGAUGCGCGCUUGCGCUGAAUCUGGUGCACAUGAACGGGACCCCGGCGUUCACGGCCGAGACGACGAGCACGGAGCCGCAGGAGGAGGAUUACCUGUCGAUGCCGGCGGCCGCCGCGCCGCCGGUGCAAGCGGCGCCAGCAGUGGAGCGGGCCCCGCCGGCCGAGUCGGCGGCACCUUCGCGGCCUGCGGGCGCGAUGCCAGCCACCGUCGCGGAAAGCGGAGAGCCCGCGGACAUCGGCACCUACACGCAGCUUGCGGCCAGCGAAGAUGACAGCGGCAACGACACGUUGGCGACGGCCCUCAAACAGCGGCAGAUGGAGCCCCGCUGCCUGGAUCCCGUCCACAUGACGCCGUGCUCCGGGAAGACGAGCCGGUGGCCGACGUUCUUCUUCGACGGCCGCCGCUGCUUGACGCCUGUGAGCGUGCCGCCGCCUGGGUGCCUGGAGGGCCCCAACCGCUUCCGCUCGCUGGGCCACUGCCGCGGCGCUUGCCAGGGUCAGGGCGCUCGCGCCGAGUGCCGGGAGCCGGCGCGGCUGGUGCCCUGCAGCCGAGAGCACGUCAAGCGGCGCUGGUUCUACCCGGCCAACGGCAGCUGCGUCGAGUGGGGCUUCCCGGAGGGCAGCUGCGUCAACAUUGGGCUGCGCCUCUUCCAGAGCAUGCAGCAGUGCCUGCUCGACUGCGUGCAGCACAACGCGCCCGGCUGCCGGGAGUACCCCGUAGGCCAGCGAUGCGGCGAGUACCAGGUCAACUUCCCGGUAUUCUCUGCCGUGAACAAGAACGGACAUUUCGAGUGCCUGACGGUGGACCCAGCGGAAAAGCUCUGUCUGCUAGGUUCCAACAUGUUCCACAGCUACCGGACAUGCGCCCGCGCUUGCCUCAUUUCGUGAUAAAGCUUUCUUUUUCGAAUUUCGUCAGUAACAGUGAA